AGUUCCGGACGUUCCGGUCAAUCAAAACAGCGAAUCAUAAAAUUCGUGAAGCAAAAAGUUAGGCACGAUUUAAAUUUACAUUAUAGUUGAUUAUAUGGAAGGUAGAGUUAGUUGAUUAAUUCCAUCUCAUUUUUUUUCUUCAUAAAUAGUGGCCCUUCAAACAAACUGUAGAAGUAGAUAUGGCAGGUUACUUCGAAGAAAUGGGAUGGAGAGAAUUAGGAGAAGGAGAGGAACCAAAUCACCUACUGCAUAUGGCAAGAUUCCUCGUAGACUUUGGGCUAUAUGAGGACAAUUUCACUGGAGAGUGGCCGAGACUACCUCCUCCAGCUGCAAAGGAAGCCGUAGACAACCUGCCAGAAAUUACAAUUGAUGAUUCUACCAAAGAUUGUCCAAUAUGCUUGAAAAAGUUUAAUCCAGGAGAUAAGGCAAAACAAAUGCCAUGUAAACAUAUUUUCCACAGCACUUGCAUUCUUACCUGGCUAGCUAAAACAAAUUCAUGCCCAUUUUGCCGAUUUGAGCUACCUACAGACCACACUGGAUAUGAAGCAUUCAAAAAGGAAAAAAAGAGAGCAGAGCAGCGUAAAGAAGAUCUUGACACUCUUCAUAAUUCAAUGUUUAGUUGAUUUCAUCAUAAAAUAAUAAGCAGGUAACUUGGAUAGCAUGCAAAUCGCAAACGAAAAUUUGUUUUAUAUUUCUAUUAGGCAUUGCCUACUGUGUCAAUCUGGUUUUUACAUUUAAAGAAAGAAGUAAAAGUUAUAAAUAAUUAUACGAGUACAUAUUGGGAUAUGGAAGUAGUGAUGUCUUGGUUAGAUAAAAUUGAUAUUUUAAAGGUUAUGGAUAACUAAGAAUAAUAAUUAGUAUAAUUACAGUUGAGAUGGGAAUAAAUUUCAGUCAUAUUAGUCUAUUGAAAAUUCUAAUUACAUUAGCUUCAAAAAGUGUACAAUAAUUUGUAUAAUAUUUUUUUUAUUUAAUAAAAGAGUUUAUGUUUAAAUGCA